ACGGCCUGAGCCGCCGAGCGCGCGGCCCCCGCCAGGCCCGACUGCAAAGGCAGGCGGGAGGGCUGGGAGAGACGGCGGGAAGAGCCGAGGAGGGGAGGGAAGAGGAGAGGGCGGGAGCGAGCCGGGGAGGAGAGGAAGCCGGGAUCGCCAGAGCGCACCGGCCGCCCGCCGCUCUGGCCCAGUGGCCGGGAGCCAGCCGGCUCCUCCCCCGGGGCGGGGCGCGCACUGAGAGCGGGGCGCACGUGGCCCGCUCUUGCCGGGGUCGCAGUUAGGGGCUCCUGCUGGGACAAAGUAUUUUGAGAACCUGGGGUAAGAUGGGGUUGAGACGCCGCCCUCCCGUAUUCCGGCAGGAGACGCGUGGGAGGCAGGGCCUCCCGGGCUUCACAGGGCCUGGGGUCCUUCAGUAGAGGACGCCGUGGUCGAACACUGAGCCGGGCCCUCUGACCCCCACCAGUCUGAGACUCGUCGUGGGGUUCGAGGGACGGCGGUGAAGCGCGUGACGCGUCUGCUCCGGGCUCCACGGACGGACCUGGGCGCGGAAGAAGAAAAAAUGUCUCAGAAGCAGAUGAAGGAAGCUUUUGUCAGUAACCACAAUGGAACCAGCGUGCUGGAAGUCACCCAGGGCCUGUGCUUACCUGCAUUCUGUAUCCUGUGCAGAGGGCUUCUCAUCAUUCUCUCACAGCACUUGUGUUCUUUACAUACCUGGAGAACUAGAUUCUUCAUUGACUUUGUUUUCCUAAUAGUUCCCCUGGUGGCCACUUUGACAAUUUUGUCUUCAUUUGUCCUCCUGGAGCACCUUGCUGUAAUUAUCCUUGGAGCAGGCCUAGUCUAUCAAAUAUACUGCAGGAGAACUUGCUGUACCAGAAUGCCUGUCCAGAAAAUACUUGAAAAAUUCAUGAAAAUCAGUCUAGAAUCAGAAUACGUUCCAGCCAUCUCCUGUUUCCGUGUAAUUAACAGUGCAUUUACUGCUAUUGCCAUUUUGGCUGUGGACUUCCCACUUUUUCCCAGAAGAUUUGCCAAAACUGAGCUCUAUGGGACAGGAGCAAUGGAUUUUGGAGUAGGAGGUUUUAUUUUUGGGACUGCAAUGGUUUGUCCAGAAGUUAGGAGAAAAUACACGGAAGGGUCCAGAUUUUAUUAUCUUACAAAGUCCUUGUACGCUGUUUGGCCAUUAGUUUUCCUAGGAGUAGGACGAUUAGUCAUUAUAAAAUCCAUAGGCUAUCAGGAACAUUUAACUGAGUAUGGAGUUCACUGGAACUUUUUCUUUACCUUAGUAGUUGUGAAACUGUUAACAUCACUGCUUUUGAUUAUUUUUCCUGUAACUAAAUCCUGGAUUGUGGCCAUCAGCAUUAUUGUGUUAUACCAGCUAGCCCUUGACUUUACCCCACUGAAAAGGUUAAUUUUGUAUGGCACUGAUGGUAGUGGCACAAGGAUUGGUUUAUUAAAUGCCAACCGCGAAGGAAUAAUCUCUACCUUGGGGUAUGUGGCAAUUCAUAUGGCUGGUGUGCAAACAGGGUCAUAUAUGCUUAAAAAAAGAUCACAUGUCAAAGACUGGAUAAAAGGAACAUACUGUAUCCUGCUGACAGCUAUUAGCCUCUUCAUAUCUCUUUACAUAGUUCAGGUAAAUGUAGAAGUAGUAUCUCGGAGAAUGGCCAAUUUAGCCUUUUGUAUUUGGAUAGUUGCUUCUAGCCUGAUCCUUCUUAGUAGUUUAUUACUGGGUGAUAUAAUUUUGAGUUUUGCGAAAUUUCUAAUUAAAGGGGCUGUAGUACCAUGUUCUUGGAAACCAAUCCAGUUGUCUGCCACAAAUAAAAAGCAUUCAGAAUCUCUAGUCUCUGAAGCUGAAAGAAAGGAACCCAGUCUUUGUUUAAUUACAGCUAUGAAUAGAAACCAGUUAAUUUUUUUCUUGCUGUCAAAUAUAACUACUGGUCUGAUCAACCUGUUGGUAGAUACGUUACACAGCAGUACCUUGUGGGCCUUAAUUGUGCUCCAUCUCUAUAUGUUUACCAACUGUUUAGUUAUAUAUGUGUUACACUUGCAAGAUAAGACUAUAAAAUUUUGGUGAUCAGCAUAGGUACAAAGUACCUGUGUUACAAAAUGAGGGAGAAUAUUAAAUGUGAAGAAAGUGGGCUUUUGGCAACCCAGUGUUAACCAUAUUAUAGAAUUGAGUUUCAAUCCUCUAUAAUAGUAGUGAUGCCUACUGUUUUAAUGUAUCCUAACACCAUACAAUUUUAAAGAAACUGCAGUCGUGACACUGAAAGAUUAGAGGGUAGGGAGGAGGAUUUUUACUUUACAUCUUACAUCACAAACCAUUCUGUAUUUUUUUAUUGUAUGACUUUUAUAAUAAAUUUACAUUACAACAUCUCAGCAUGAUCGUGAAAUUGUCAACACUUCUUUUUUUUUUUAAGAUUUUAUUUAUUUGACAGAGUGAGCACAAGCAGGAGAGGGAGAAGCAGGCCCCUCGAUGAACAGGGAG